CAGAAGAAGAAGAAGGAGGAAGAAAGAAAGAAAUAUAUUUAUGCUGAAAAUGCGUCAAUUUUUACCUGCAGUGGCUGAACAACUGUUCCGAGAUAUUCAGAAAUCGUACCAGGAAACGUCUCAAAUUCCUGAUGACCUUCUUAUUCCUAAAAAGCUCUGCCUGUGACUGGAUCUGAGUGGGUGUGGAGUGCAGAAACCACACUGGAUGAUGAGUCUGAAGUUUGUCUUCGGGCCUUGUGCCUUGCAGGCUUUGGACCUUGUUGACCGGCACUCAGUCACCUGUCUGUCAUCCCCCAGUGGACGCAAGGCCUUCCAGGUGAUGGGAGGCUCAGGGUGUUUGUACACCUGUUUUGUGUCCUGUCACUACUGCCCAUGCCCGGCCUUCGCCUACACUGUGCUCUGCAGAAAUGAAGGUCUGUUGUGCAAACACAUCCUGGCCAUCUACCUUUGUCAGGCCAUGGGUGUGACUCAGCAGGCGAGUGUGUCUGAUCAGCAGAUGUCUCUGCUGCUCAGCGAGACAGCAGCCCCAUGGCAUAGGAAUGUUUGGUGCUGUGUGCAGCAGGUUGACCAGUGCCCCCAGGUCCACAGGAACAGCAUGGACCCUACCCCAUGCUAAACAGACAUUUUGGUUCAGCAAGGAGCAGGGAGCCCGGGAACAUGACAGUGAUUCCUACAUCGUCACAUCUCUCUGAAAUAUACCAGAUGUUGCUUUAUUUUUUUUAAGAGUUCUUAAUCUGUUUCCAGGAAUUGGACAUCUGUUCGUGGAAUGUGUGUGCUGUUUUAUUUUUAAGUUCUUCAUUUCUGACGCUGCAUCAAAGAAGUAGUGUGCGUCUGAGUGCUGAAGUUAUUUCAGAACAUUUUUAGAAGAUGACUCUUUUUUUCCCCC